CUGCUGCAUGUAAACCACAGCACUGUUCAGAAGAGUCUACAGAUCAACACAGCCAGCAACAUGAUGGAUAACAGCACCGGCCCGGAUAACAGCACAUGCCUGGUUAACCUGCUGCAGUGGUAUUACCUCCCCGUCAUGUACAGUCUGGAAUUCUGCCUGGGCGUCCCGGGAAACCUGCUGGUCAUCCUGGGCUACGUAUUCUGUCUGAAGGAGUGGAAGAGCUCCAACGUGUACCUGUUCAACCUGGCCGUCUCGGACCUGAUCUUCCUGUUCACCCUGCCUCGCCUGGCCUUCACCUACGCCCGAGGGCAGCCCGAGACGAGGCCCACCCUCUGCAUCCUCAACCGCUACAUCCUCCACGUCAACCUGUACUCCAGCAUCCUGUUCAUGGUGUGGGUGAGCGUGGACCGCUACCUGCUGGUGCGUCACCCCUAUCGGCAGCACCCCCUGCAGAAGCCCCGCGUGGCCAAGGCCAUCGUCGCCCUCACCUGGGUCGUCGUCAACGCCCAGGUGGCCCCGCUGAUCUAUUUCGUCGUCAAGGACAUGGACAGGGGCAACUGGAGCCGCUGCAGCGAUUUCGGCAACGUGGCGGUCCUGGGGUGCAAGGACCUCCUGAGCUACAGCCUGGUGCUGACGGCGACGGGCUACGUCCUGCCCCUGCUGGCGCUGUGCGCGUUCUCGGCGCGGAUCGCCGGCGUCCUGCGGGCCCAGGCGGAGGUGUUCCAGAACCGGGCCGACCCCUCGCCCUUCCGCCGGCCCCAGCGGGCGGUGCUGGCCACGGCGGCCAUGUUCCUGGUGCUGUACACGCCGUACCACGUCAUGAGGAACGUCUACAUCGCGCGCCGGGUGGGCCCGGCUCUGCCGGGGGCGUCGCCCGCGACCUUCACGCACGACCCUUACAGCGCCAGCGCCUACGUCAUCAGCCGGCCCAUCGCCUUCGCCCACAGCGUGGUCAACCCCGUCUUUUACUUCUUCAUGGGCGACCGCUUCAGGGAGCUGCUGAUGGACAAGGCGAGGUCCCUGUUUCGGCGGGCGGUUCCCCAGCGGAGCCAGUCCCAAGGAGGCGAGUGUAGAACUGAGGAAGUGCACUGAAGAACAGAGAGGACUCUCCCCUACAUUAUAUUAUUUUCCAGUAGUGACACAACAUCCCUAAUCGUAAUGCUAUUUUGGGUUGCUUUGCAUGUGUACCGUAUUUUUUGUAUUAUGCGAAUUCUUUUUCCAUUCUUCUUUUUUUUUUACUUCUAACGGUCAAAGAAGGAAUUGUAGCAACAAACAUGCUCAAACCACAACACUGUUUAUCCCACCCCCUUCUCUGUGAACGCGCUGACAUCGAAAGUAAAAGUGCUGAUUUCCAGGUCUUUGACCCCAGUGAAAGCGCUUCUACAGUAUUAUUU